UGCUCAUAUCUUAGGGUUACUGGGGGGGCGUUGGUUUCAGUAGCUAAUUUAAGCUCAAACCCCAAAAUCCCAUCCGAAGCUUCUCGAUUUGUAUCCUUUGGGCAAACUCAGCAGCCACCAGACCUUCCCCCAUCCCCUUCCCCAGAUAUUGACGAAAGCAAAUCAAGGAAUUUAAAUCACGACGGCUUUUCAUGUAUAAGACUAUUUCUUCAAAGGUUUUAUUGGCAGAGAUCCUUUUAUUGUAAAUUAUAGUGAUAAGGACAACUGGGUUUUCUGGGAAUAGCUUCUUUGUUCACAAAAAACUGAAAAGGAAGGGUUUUUGUGGAAUCAGAUUCACCCUCUGUAGAUAGAUGUAAAUAUAGUUAUGAGAUUAUCUUUUCAGACGUGUUCUACUGGUGGUGUUGUCUCUACUAAACUGCUGAAAGUAAAUCUUCUUUGUUGGCAAGGCCAAGAAGAUGCCAUCUAAUUCUUUCUCAAGACUUAUUGUUGCUUGCCGGCAAGGAGUGCAGAGAUCAAUUUCUUCACAAGGAGGUGGGUUACAAGACUUAGUAGAGCUCCCUAUCAGCCAAACCAAAUUACUGUUUGGUGGGGCUUCUGGAUCAAUCAGUGACCUGCAUGGUCUCGUACGCCCUGGCACUCUUGCUGCUGCUCAAGCAAAUUUGCAUGUAGCCAACCGAAGAAAGAAUCUUUCCUUUGCUGGAGCAUUUUCACGUGCACUUUCUCUUCCAUCUGUAUCAGGACCUUCAAUCCAAGUUUGCAGUUAUCAUAUUGAUCAGCUGCUCGCUGAGCCUGCUGAAGUUUCUUUGGCUCACAAUUCUCAGAAGGGACCCAUGGCUUUAUCUUGUUGCAGAGCUUCUCUUGUCAAUUCUGCUUUAAGUGAUGUGACACUUAGGCUUGUUCAACCUGCUGUCUCAGCCAACAAUUCUUUUGCUUCUUGCAACAGUAGAAAUAUGGAGAUUUGUAGGAAUACUCGCAUGAGUUUGAGAAAUAAAGAGCAGCCCAAUAGCUUCUUGGUUUAUGGAUAUUUCAUAUACAACGUGGCAAAGAGGAGGGGAACGUUGAGUCCCUACCAGGAAUUUGGAUUAAGGUUUUUUCACACUUCAUCACCAGCAUGUUCCUCUGCUGGCACCGCUCCUGAUGUGUCCUUUGAUAGCUCUCUGCGUGAUGAACAGCUUUCAAGUUCUGCUGAUUCUUAUACAGAGAAGAUCCCAACAGACAGAUCUUUAAAGCUAAAAUCAGGAUCAUGUUACCUGCCUCAUCCUGACAAAGAAGAAACUGGUGGAGAGGAUGCCCAUUUUAUAUGCACAGAUGAGCAGGCAAUUGGUGUUGCUGAUGGUGUAGGUGGAUGGGCAGAGCUAGGUGUUGAUGCUGGGCUAUAUGCACGUGAACUUAUGUCAAAUUCAGUAACAGCAAUUGAGGACGAACCAAAAGGUUCAGUUGACCCCGCUAGGGUCCUGGAGAAAGCUUACAUGAGCACAAAAGCGAGAGGGUCUUCCACUGCAUGUAUCGUUGCCCUUACAGAUCAGGGUCUGCAUGCCAUUAAUCUAGGGGACAGUGGAUUUAUGGUGGUUAGGGAUGGGUGCACUGUUUUUAGAUCUCCUGUCCAACAGCAUGAUUUCAAUUUCACAUACCAACUAGAGAGUGGAAAUGCUGGUGAUUUGCCUAGCUCUGGACAGGUCUUUACAAUCCCUGUUGCUCCUGGUGAUGUAAUAGUUGCUGGUACUGAUGGGCUUUUCGACAAUUUGUAUAACAAUGACAUAACAGCAGUGGUUGUUCAUGCUGUUAGAGCUGGAUUAGGACCUCAGGUGACAGCUCAGAAGAUAGCAGCAUUGGCCCGGCAGCGAGCACAAGAUAAGAACAGGCAGACCCCUUUCUCUUCUGCAGCACAAGAUGCUGGGUUUCGCUAUUAUGGUGGAAAACUAGAUGACAUCACUGUAGUAGUUUCUUACAUAACCAGCGACAAUAAUGAAAAGACUUCAGCACGUGGAUCUAGUUAGUGAAGUUUUGGAUUUAUAUGGAGCUAUCAAUUUACCAACUACAUGGCAGUGUCUGGAGCGCAGUGAGCAUAGCAGAAGCCGUUGUGCAGCUUAUACUUGUUUGUUAUCUGAUGUAUGCUGCUCCUAUGCACCAUCUUGUACUAUUUGUGUACAUAGUGAUUUUGACAUUGUUUGCCUUUCUGCUAUGUAUUGAGGGAAAGCGGCAUUAAACUGCUUUCUUCUGCGUAAGAGGAAGGUUGUAGAAAGUAGUAUUGAAUGGAGAGCAUAUGAAAGUGCAUGCAGGUGCUUGUCUGGACAUCUUUUGAAAACCUGUAGGACCAGGAUACGUACGCCGUAUAAAUGAUGAAUAUCAUUUUAGUUGUGAUAUAUGUUAGGAGCCGAAUUUUACUCCCUCUCUUGAUGAAUUUGAUAGAUAGUCUGUCUACAACAAAGGCAAAUUGAGUUUUUAUUCAUGCAA